AUAACGCGCCGGGUUUCCGUGUCCUGUGACUGCAGUCAGGUGGUUGCGUUCCCAGCCGGGCCGGGGCGGGGCAGAAAGUAGUUGGGCAAGAAAGUUUGCGGGCUGCCUGCGCGUCCCAGCUUCCUUGCCCAGGCCUCCGCGUGGCCAAAGGCUGGGGCCGGCAGCUCCCCGGGGAGCAGCAGGAGCGGGCGGGGCCGGGCGCGGAGCGGCGAGAAUGGCUGCGGGAGAAGGCCGGGGCGCCGGGGGGCUGGAGUGCCGGGAGCAUCUCUUCAAGGUGUUAGUGAUCGGGGAGCUGGGCGUGGGCAAAACCAGCAUCAUCAAGCGGUACGUGCACCAGCUCUUCUCGCAGCACUACCGGGCCACCAUCGGCGUGGACUUUGCCCUCAAAGUCAUCAACUGGGACAGCAAGACCCUGGUGAGACUGCAGCUCUGGGACAUCGCAGGCCAGGAACGUUUUGGUAACAUGACAAGAGUGUACUAUAAGGAGGCAGUCGGUGCCCUUGUGGUCUUUGAUGUCACAAGAGGCUCCACGUUUGAAGCUGUUUCCAAGUGGAAACAUGACUUGGACAGUAAAGUGCUCCUUCCAAAUGGCAGCCCCAUACCUGCAGUUCUCCUUGCAAACAAGUGUGACCAGAAAAAAGAUGGCAGCCAGAAUUCCUCUCAAAUGGACCAGUUCUGCAGGGAAGGUGGCUUUAUUGGGUGGUUUGAAACAUCUGCUAAGGACAAUAUCAACAUAGAUGAAGCUGCUCGAUUCUUGGUGGAAAACAUCCUUGCCAACUACAAAAGCUUUCCUAAUGAAGAAAAUGAUGUGAGCAAACUAAAACUGGACCCAGACCUCUUGAAGGCCGACAGUAAAUCACAGUGCUGCUAAUGUUGCCUUUGCUCUCACAUGAAAAGGCAAUAGAAUGCGCAGCAAGACUCUUGCUCCCCAGAUCAGACUGCUGCUAUGGUGCUGCAUUAAGGACAAUCCAAGUGAGGGGUUUGGUUAUCUUUGGUGAUAUUUUUGGGUGUUUACACAUUUUGUUCUUGUAUAAAAUUGAAAAUAUGCUGUUUAUCACUUCAUCCUCCACUAAAAGAGCAGCUGUCUAGCAGUUGGCUACCUUUUUCUGACAUGAAAACAGAGGAUAGUGUUUACACUUUAUUCUCCAAGGAAUACAGACAACAUUCAGUAUGAUGCAUAUCCAGUCUAGGCAUUAGUUCAGAGGAUGAAUAUUGUGGUACUUCAGAACAGUAGUAAUUUGGCAGAAGUUAAAGCUGAAAUAAGCAUUUGCUUCUUUGCCAUGUGUCCUUUAUACCUAUGAUCUCCCAUGCCUACUUACCUGCCUCCUUUUUAUUCCCACACAUACUAUUUUUAUCCCUGUUGAUUAUCCCCUAACAUGAGUGGCCUAUAACUACAGUCCUCCUGGGGGUGGUGAAUGUUUUUCUUGUGCUGGACAGGGAUAGCUGAGCAAUGGCAGUCAGGUGACAAAGGAAGGGACUAUGUCCAGUGCAAGUAAGGACAGCUGUUUCCUGUUCUCCUCAGCACACCACUUAGCAAGUAUGUGACAGGAAAAGCAUGGCUAUUGGGGGUGAUACAAUUUGAACAAGUGCAUCUUCAGUUAUUAGCUGAGCAGAUUUUUAUUUCAAAUAUUCUUAAACAGUUUAAACCUGUGAAACACAUUCCAGCAUACACAGCAGGAUUUUCUUGGUGUAUUGUACCCAAUUAAAAUAAAGCGAAAGGAAACAUCACCCAUGUGCACAUACUAAAACUAAUGGCCAGAAUAAAUUCAUACACAAAUGCUUGGAGAUUAGCUUUACUUCAUCCAGGAGAGGAGGGCCAUUAAAACUAGAUACCUUUGAUUUAGUGAUAUAGAGAAAAGAGAUGGCUUGGGCAUCUUAAGAUAAAUUGAAGGGUUAUUUACAUCACUCAGUUAUUUACCUAUUACAAAGACUUCCCUAACUAAAAAUGAAUGCUGCACAUAUUUACACUUUGUAUUGGUGAAUUAAUGCAUUACCAAUUUUAUAACUAUAUGAAAUGCUGAGUUAAGUGAAGAAACUCACUAGCUUGCUUUACCUCCUGGUAGAAGGCAGGCUAUGUGAAGUCUUGACUUCUGCAACUCCAUGAAUAUGGUCAAAAUUUUGGGAGCCAGGUUGCCUGGUGAAAAGGCAUAAACUUCCCUAGAGAUUGUGGAAACUACAUUAAGUGGAACUCCUACUUUCUCUAAGGUUCUGGAUGCUAUGUUUUGCCACGUGACACCUUAAUUGUCAUUCUGAAGUCUCACGGGUUUUUAUUUGGUCGAACACUAUAAAAGUUUAGGUCAUAUACCCUGUCCAUGUACCAAUGUUUAGAUGCGCUAGAUCUUUCAUAGUUGCCUGUUAAAGUUAAAGGAAAAGGUUGUCUUAAGUACAAGCCACUUUUUUAAUGAAUACAAAUAUCUUUAUUUUUAAGCAAUAAAUAAAACUGUUCAGG